AUUUACUCUGUAACGUUCGGUUGGAGCAUUGUCACUGAAAAGUGAUGUAAUGUAGCUAAAUUUCGUGUCGAAAAUGUCAUUUUCUUUGGCUUCCACCGGUUUUGAAGGCUUUACACAGACAUUUAGUCUAUCAUUUUCCGCAUGGUUACUACUUUUUGCUUCUUUUUUUAUCGCAUGCUUGGCACAUUUCUUACUCACGAGUUUCGUGAUGAUGCGCAAGUCUCAAAUUGCCAUAAAGAAUUUCGAAGGACCUCCAUCUCACUGGCUCAAAGGACAUACUCAUCGAGUAAGUGCUGAAACUAUUCAUUGCUGAAAAUUCUAAGCAACAUUUUGUAACAAAAAAAAGGAUAAUUUUCUUCCCGAAAUAUUUCCUGUUGUUAAAUAGAUGGUUAACGGAAGGAUUGUAAACAAAAUACGAAUGUUGAAAGUGAUUUCCCUCAUCUAAAAAAUUUCAGUUGUGCGGUUACGUAUGACUCAUAUGGCAGUAUUUACUAUAUUGAUGCAAUUUGUAACUUCUAUUCAGCGGAAUCUGAGAUGUUUUUUAUAAAAACAAAAAAAAACUGUUUUAAAGCUACGCAAUUAAGAUUCAAAAUGGUUUAACUUGAAUGUAACACGAGAAGACUGUGUUUGAAAACAUUUUUGAAUAAUUAAGAUUUUUCAAGCCGUCCUGAACUUUAAGCGAUGGUAUUAUAAUGAGACUUUUAGCGACGUGCUGAACCACAAAUGAGUUUAUGAACCAUGACUACAAAUAGAGGCUAUGAAAUGUAUAAUGGCCCUUAUGCACUAGAGCACCAAUUAAUCAAGGUCAAUAAUAUUCAAACCUGAAAGCAAUUCCUUUUUGAAUGUUGCGUAAAUAAUUGAAUCACAAAGACAUUGCACUUCAUUACUCUAUGAGUGAAAAAGUGGUUGAUUGAAAUAUCAAGAGCUUAAAUACUUUGGUUAACUUUAUCCCAAAAAUACAUAAAAGCAUCUAGUUACUAAUUAAUUAAUAAUUCAUUUUCCCUGAGGCAGUCUAUGUAUUAGUGCCACUUCACAAACAUUUACAAAAUUAAACUCCUGGUUAAGCUUUUGGGAAAAUCCUGUGAGAGACAUUAGUAGGUAUAUGGGACUCUGUGAAGCUAUGAUCUAAGACCUCCAUAGACAGACCAGGGUACAUAUGGUGAAGAUGUUUGUUAAAAUAGCACAUCCAAAGUAAGUUUUUGGAACAAAAUAAUGGCAUUUCUUAAGUGGGAUUGGACACAUUAUCAUCAUCAUCACCAUUUAUUUAUUAGCCACUUAAGAUAUAAUAUUUAUACAGGUUUAACAGUAUGGUUGGGUGAGGAGACCUCCAAGAAAUCACCAGGCUUAUAGAGGAGGCCACCUCAGUUGUCAAUAUGUUUGUAAUUAAGUUGUGGAUGAGUAUGUGCCAAGUCCUUCCUUGACUCAUUUCAUUAAAAAUCAAUAAUCUUUCUUUUAAAAGUGAAAAAGCUAGUCAAACCAGUGACCAAUAUUGGGAGAAAAUGCCAAAUUUUUGGAUCUUGGUAGAGUAUGGUAAAUAAAGCAGCAUGAUUGAAAGAUACCCACAGACCACCCACUUAGUACUGCUGUGGAGUCCCAAAGAGGAUCACAUCUGUUGAUCAGUUUAAUUAAUAGCCUUCUGAGAUGUUUUAAAACACAAGCAGCUGAAAACAAAAGUAUUGGAGAAAUGAGGACAUUAGGAAAUAUAUUAUUUCAUGGAAAAAUUUCAUAAAGAAUUCACCUUAGAUAAUGACUUGGCCAUUUCAACAAUUUGAAAAUUAUUCCAAGAAUAAUAGCCUUCAUAGUGCCAUUAAACUGGGUGGUAUACACAAUACCAAAUAUUAAGAUAAGAAAAUAAAGAACUUUUCAAUUAUUUAUAUUUCAGGCAACCUUUGAUGGUAAUGGUUUGAAAUUCCAUGUAGAAUGUGCUACAAAAUAUAAGACAGCCUACCCACUGUGGUUUGGCCCCCUGCGAUCAGCACUUGUCCUUUGUCACCCAAACUCUAUCAAGACUGUCCUAUCCAGUCACACCCCAAAGGAGGAAUUUGUGUACAGUCUAGUUGUACCAUUCACUGGUAAGGACAUGUAAAAGUGAAGUUCUGGUAAAGAUUAAAGAGACAAAAACCAAAGUCCAUCUUCUACACUGUGCAGCUUCAUAAAAUAGAAUUUUCAACAAUCAUUUAAUUAAUCAGUCUCUCUAAGUAAGAACUAUUUCCUUUCAUAUGUUAUUUUAAGAGUGUAUUUCACAUAUUUUACAUGCAAAUAAACCUGCAAUAACUGUAACUUUGAAGAGAAUGGCUUCUUGUAGAAAAAUUUUACUUGUUUGAUAUAAUUUUCAUUUCCCUAAGAGAGGAUUUUGAAUAAAUUAGCUUGCUGUGUGUUCCUAACUUGAGGGAUGUUGAAAGUUGAUUAAACAAGUCUCUUGACACAAAAAUGUCAGAAAAUUUUUGGAAAGACAGGCACUGGAAUGGAAGGAAGAGUAGAAGUUCAAUGAGUGUGGUAGAGGUUCAAAGUUAGUGGCAGGAAUCAAUUAAGUGAGCACCGCUGAAGCAUCUAUUUCACAAGUGUUACAAAUUCCUCUUCCUUUUACUUAUUGUUUUCUGGUUCCAGCUACAAUCAACCUUUUUGGACAUAUAUUGCCAUAAAGCUGGGGUUAAAAUUCAUUUCAGUGCCAGAUGGGUGUAUAACUAUUGUUUUCACCUACAAAAUGGCUGGCACUAAGUUAAUCAUCCUCAUAAUUAUGAUUGCCAUUUUAAUUAAGCAUUGUCAUUAUAAUCCUCAUUUCUAUGCACGCUUAUAGCUUUACUCUGAUCCCAAUGAGAGCAGGGAUAUAUCAUUUUAACCCUUUAACUCCCAGAUCAAAUUUGUACUUCUCCUUAUUGUCAACCAUACAGUUCUUAAAAUGUUAGUUCAGAGAAUUUAGUAUUGGAUCAACUCAUCCUCAAAUUGAUAUUUUUCUUUAUUCUCAUCACUUACCUGGUUGAUAUUGUAUUCAUUACAAGGAGAAAUUAUGUCUUGAUCACUCAUUGGAGUAGGGUUGAGAGGGGUAUGUUGUACAUCUUAUGAAUGCAGGGACAAGGCUUAUUAAUUUGGCAGUAUCACUUACAUAUUUUAUUGGGGUGAAUUACAAUUGCAUGGAUUUUAGCAGUAAGUUUUGGCCUAAUAAUUUGGGCACUGGAGACAGUUUCUGUGUAAAAUUAAGGGCUGGCCAAAUGUAAAAUAUGAACACAUCAUUCUCUGACUUGAAAUUUAUUAAAUGAGACAACUUCAAAUAAUUUCUGCUAAUAGGAAACAGUCUCACCAUCGUGAAUGGAAAACAAUGGCAGCAAAUGAGGAAGCUUUUGACUCCAGCUUUUCAUGCAGAAAUCUUGAAGCAAUACACAAAAAUAUUCCAAGAGUCCACCAAAACCUUAUUGGUGAGUAGUUUCUGGGACAAUUAAAUGUUUACAGCAAGGUGCACUCAGCCUGAUGAUGAUGGGCUACCAUUACACUAAUCAAACAAGCCCCUGAAAAAAAUUUAUAGAAGCUCCAAAAUAACUAAGCACAGCUUUUUAUUUAAGCUGGAAACUAAAAUUUUAGCUCUUACUACUUAAUGCACUUGACUUCAUGUUUUGAAGUUGAGGGUCUCUUGAAUCUUUGACAAAUACAAACUUUAAAUUAUUUUGAAUUUUAUUGUUUGCCUAACAAAGUCAACUAUUUAAGUUCAGGAAAUCCUUCUUAUAUUUCAUGCCCAGCCAAAUCCUUAAUACACCACGAUCUUUAAUAUGAAAGUAAGAGUAUAUCACUUAAAUCUGAUAUUUAAUGUACAAUUUAAAUUACAGGAUAAAUGGUCUCAGAAUCCACUCAAAAUGGAAUGCUUUCGUGACAUAGGCUUAAUGGCUCUUGAUUCUACACUGAAGUGCACCUUUAGUUUUCAUAGUAAUUGUCAAACAAAUGUGUAAGUAUUCUAUUCAGUCCACGUACAGUCUGAAUUUGACUUAAGCACUCUGCACCCACGGGGAAUGGCUGGGUGACUGCCUGAAACAGGUUGACUACCUAACCCUUUACACCCUAACAUCAGUAUGCAUAUUCUCCAUACUAUUCACUAUACAUUUCCUAAUUUGCUGACAUAAGAGAAUUUGUUUAUAAUCAAGAGCUGCUUUAGUUGGUGAUCACUUCCUUUAUUCUCAUGACCUUAAUGUUUGAUUCAAGAGUGAUAUUGUAAGGAGAAAUUAGAUGCAAAUCACUCUUGAGGGAUUUAAGGGUUAACACAGGUUCUACAGAUAAAUAGAGAAUAAUACAUGGGAAAGUAAGCAAGUGUGGAAUUUCUUCGAGUGAUUAACUCGAUAGCUCACGAGUGACCGCAGCGUACAAGCGAGAUGUCGAGUUGAACAAGAGAAGGGAAAUUCCAUAUCUACAAUCAAUUAUGUAUUGUUUUUUUAUCAUAUAAACACAACAGCUCUUUAUUAACGAGAAAAGCCAACUUUAUCAAUCAAUGAAUCGACAAUUCCCGAAUAAAAAUCGCACGGUGGGUUGGUGCUAAGGCUCAAGAUGGAAAAAUGCGUCGAAUUAUGAUUACAAAAACAACAAUGAGUGUAAUUUUCAAUUUACAAUUAUAAAACAAUAAUAUUAUUUAAUAACAACAAUUCUCAUUCAAUGACUUUGUCCUGACCGACAGAAGAAGUUUCUCAGGUAAACGGUCUCCAGCCAAUCUUCCAGUUGUAGAUUUUCGUUCUCAGCCGCGAGAAAUGCCAUUACCAAAGCCUGCACUCGAUAACAUUCGGUUUUUCGUUUCGUAUAUUGGUUUUCUUCUCUUUCUUGUUAAGUUUGAACGUCACUGUCUUUAGCAGCCGUAAUCCGAAAAAAUUCCGACAAACUACCUUAGAUUGAGAAUGGUGAAUGCUUUGCCGUUCAUUCUUCACCUUGGCGCGAAAGGCAAGUGACGUGCAGCAGCUGAUUGGUGAUAUCAAACACGUGAAAAAUAUCGUAUUUUUACACGUGUGUUGUUACGGCUUUUCUCGGGGCUGGAAAUCCUUAUAUAACACUGUAGUUUAUAGGAUAAAGGGUAUUAUGACAAAAUUUCGGGACUUUGAAAACCGACGGUUUUAUACCGGGUGACGGCUUAACAUGAUGCUGCUUAAUACAGAUUUGACUGUAUUUUGUUGUGAAGAAUUAAGCAUCUAGAAUAAUUGAAUACCAAACUUUGUUGGUUUUUAAGUCAUGCAUUAACUGGUUGUAGCCUUGAGCUAUUCAUUUAAUAUGCAAAUUGGGGAUAUCUGUGAAUUAAAUGUUGCUUCACAUCGUUCACUUAAAAUCAACAUAUCAUAACCUACUUUUAAUGGCAAAGGAUGUCAACUUUUAUGGAUCAAUUUGUUCUUUCUGAACAGGACACAAGAUACAUUUACAAGAAGUGUCACUGAAAUUUCCAAAGCCCUCACCAAAAGGCUGAUGUGAGUAUUAAACUUUAUGGCCGGUUAUGUUAAUAAAGUUUAACCGCUGUUUAACAAAAAUGCGUCCCUAAAAAAAUCCUCAAUUUAGCUGGAUUUUUCAUCUAAAACAUUUAUUUUUGUGAACAGCGAUCGAGUGGGCUGAAAGUCAAAAGUGGAAGGAUAUUUAUUUAAUUAAAUCGACCCUCUUGUAGAGAAAGCCUGAGGCCCACUAAUUACGUAAAGCCAAGGUUUGGGUUAGACCUCAAGAUAAUAACCAGCCCUAUAACCUUAAUUUCAGUAACAGAUUAAACCAGCACCCCCCUUCCCCCUCCCCCCAAUCAUCUCAGAGACACAGAGACUUCCUCUCUCAUCUGUCAUCUGUUUUUAGUACACCCAUGCUACACCCGGACUGGAUUUUCAGGUGGACAAAAGAUGGAAGAAGGUUUUACCGUAACUGUACUGCAGCUCAUCGUAAGGCUGAGGAAAUAAUACGAAACAGAAGAAAGGCUCUUCAGGAAAAUGUAUCAAAAGUAAAAAAUAAAUAUAUUUACUUUCUUUGAACCCUGAUGAAUGCCAGAGAUCAACGUCUAAGAACGAUAGAGUAGGAGAUCUCGUCUGUUUUGCUUUACAGAACUGUAAAACAGUGAUUUUGUACAUGAUUAUGCUUUCUGUUGUUUUCUAUCGCAAGUUACACAUUGCUUCUUCUUCAAACAGAACCAUUAAGUUCAUGCCCAUUAAUUGCAGAUGCAUCAUUUGUUACUAAAGUCAGCAAGCAAAGACUAAAAACAUUUACCAAGCUUUUAAAUCUCUCAAAUAUAUUUACGAUGUUGUCUUGUGAAUAAAUCUUUUUGCACAAACUUAAGCACUUGCAGGAAGAGAGCUUCGGUGGAAAGAAGCAUCUGGAUAUGGUUGACAUUGUGCUUGCAGCGAAGGUAAUCAAAUGCACUUAAACCGUCUUCUUGAUUAUCUUUUUCUUAUUAUUUCUAAUUAAGUUAUCAAGGAGCUCAAGAAGUAGGUUGAUUAAAUACUCUCUCUGGUUUUUUCAUAGGAUGAAGACGGAAAAAGCUUAUCCGAUGAAGCGAUACGAGCGGAGGUGGUGACAUUUUUCGCGGCAGGUCAAGAUACAGUGGCUGCUGGUAACAAGAACUGUUUUUAUCAGUUAUAAGAUAAGGUUUCAGGCUGAUCCACAAGAUAUCAUCCUGCAGAUGGGGUAGAGUACUUCACAGCUUAGAUUGUAUAAAAAUGUGCCGCCCCAAACGGUAUGUGUUUGAGUCUUUCCUGCUAGACAGCGAGUGUAGACUUGGGUCGUUAUGGUCUUUAAUCAUGCGUGGUUUUUAAGUAACCGAAUUAUGUCAUUCGUGCUAAACUUGCUGGUGACGUUGACACCAAUGCGAAGCUUGAUCAUAUCGCAAAACUAGAUUAGAAACCAGGUCUGAAAAGGAAAUACGGAUUGUGUAGGCCAGGUAUGAAAACUGGGGGCAAAAAAUACUACAAUAAUAGGAAGUAAGGGUAAGCAGUGAUUAGUUAGACGACACCGUCAAGUCUUUAAUCGUGCGUGGUUUUUAAGUAACCGAAUUUUGUCAUUCGUGCUAAACUUACUGGUGACGUUGACACCAAUGCGAAGCUUGAUCAUAUCGCAAAACUAGAUUAGAAACCAGGUCUGUAAAGGAAAUACGGAUUGUGUAGGCCAGGUAUGAAAACUGGGGCAAAAAAUACUACAAUAAUAGGAAGUAAGGGUAAGCAGUGAUUAGUUAGACGACACCGUCAAGACCUUAAUUUGCGUAGCUAAUAUAUGGAAACACUUGCCAAAUACCCACUCUUGGUUCAGUGUUCGUCCAAGACAAUGGCUAUUUACGUAAUCAAUAAAGGCUCAGAUGGUCGAAGCUUAAAAGAAUACAGUGGUUAAGACUUUUGGUUCACAGAUAUUUGAUGUCAGCGCUGACUUUUCCUUUCUUUUUUACCACAAAGCAAUUUCCUGGACACUGUACAACCUUGCCUUAUACCCUGAGUGGCAAAGAAAAUGCCAGGAUGAAGUCAAAGAAGUUUACGGUGACAAAAACGAACUUGAAUGGUUAGAUACUCAAUUGCACAUAAAUCAUUCUCGCUUUCAGUAUGACUGUCUGAUGUAUGCCUGACUUUACUUGGCGAGCCCCGUGCUUCGAUUGGCUGCUUAAACGGGAAAUAUCAACCCAUCGUGCUUACUUGAGAUUGGCUUAGAGAGGCUUUAGUGAAAAUGGUUGCCCAUUAGAAAAUAUCAAUACAUGUCAUCUGUGUUUUCCUAUACCUUAAACGACUUAAACUCGGUUCAUGAAGACCCAAAAGGAAUCCUAGCCAAUUGCCAGCCAUCUUCAUCACACACUUGGUCAAUAGCACCUAGACAUGUGACGUCUGUUUUUGAGCCAGGUGGUUCACAAAUCUAGAACCUUUCUCUAUUUUCGUAACCUGAAGCGUCUUAAGUGUUGCUGGCCCCUUCACCAUCCAAGAUUCACCGCAAGUUGCCCCAGAGUAGUUGGCAUUAACAGGUCGCUUGAACCAACUGAUAGACACCUAGGGUAAAGAUUAUGGCAUUCCAAAAGUAAAAUGUUCAAACUCACCACACGGUAUUCAGGGAAUGAAAUAAGAUUGCUAGAAAGCUCUGAGGCUAUACUAAUGUCAAUUUGCUUCAUCAGGGAUGACCUAUCUCAGCUCAAAUACGUAACCCUUGUUAUCAAGGAGAGCAUGAGGCUGUAUCCACCCUUCCCAAUGUUCAGUCGCACCUUGGACAAGUCAUAUGAGAUCGCUGGAAAACUAGUACCACAAGGUAGGGAUGUAACUUCACUUCUUUUAGAUUCGUUUUGGUUUAGUAGGAUGGUUUAAAUUGAACACCUAAAAGUCUCUCUCUGGUAAGGGGAUUUUUCAGGUAGUGUAUCAGAAGAUGUGCACGCUUAAAAGUUACAGUUGCCGCUAAUCAUUCUUCUAAAGAACCUAUCUUUCCACGUAAUCAUGUCUCUCUCGGGUAAGGUAACAGUUUGUGGCUGUGUAUCAGCAGAUGUAAAAGCUUACAAUAACAGUUUUUAUUAGUCAGUUCUCCUAAAGAACCCGUCUUUCCUCUUUAUAUAGGUCUUUGUUGUCAAAAUUUAUAUUUUGCUAUUCAUUUUUAGGAACUUGGAUUAUGAUCAACGCAUAUGCUUUACAUCACAACCCACAUGUGUGGGAAGAUCCGGAGGUACCUAACAAAUUAUAAAUUCCAGUUAGUUCAACUGAUUUUAGUCCAGAUUGCAUUGUGUUCACUUUGCACUGCUCUGACUGGCCCAGAUUAGAACAUCACCCAUCCAAUCAGACGCAAAGCUGAAACCAAUGACGACUUAGUCCUUUGCCUUUCCAUAUGGCGACGUGGCUUGAGUUCUUAUCGGACGUGAGAUAAUUUCGCCUUGACAUUGGAAAACUGACGUAGACAUUUUUCGCAUACUUUUGUUGUUUGUUUUGACGGAGUUUAGUUAGUUGUUUUAGAGCUUUCCUUCGCGCAAAUUUGUUAUCCCUUUGUUUUGAAUUUUAAGAAGUUUCGGAGUUUUUGUUUCAGCUAAAUGUUAUGGUUCAUUUAACAAAUUUAAUACAUAUCUUCUUCGGAGUUUUGACUCUAGCUUUCUUUUCUUUAAGGGAAUUUUUACAGGAUAUUAGCAGUUUAAAUAAUUGUUAACUUUUCUUUGGAAAAGAAAAGGUGAUUUGGCUAAAGUCUGCGAAGUAAAGGGAAAGUUGUUCUAAAACAUAUUGUUUUUGUUACUGAUCAGAGCUAAGCCUUGUACGACAGAUUCUGCCAAAGAUGUUGCGCUACAAUUUUUGAAGCGUAAUUGAGACGGUGUUUCAUACACCAGUUUUACAGUGUUGCAUUUUUGCAGUUUGUUUAGGGUUGCUGUUAAGUAGACCCUCAAACGAUUCAACAGAUUCAUUUCAGUAAUACUUAGUCGAUUUUUCCCACAGUCAUUUGAUCCACUGCGAUUCACUGUUGAAAACAAAGAGGAGCGAUCACCGUAUGCGUACAUACCAUUUUCUGCUGGACCAAGGUAGGCCUGAUAUGAUUUGCAUUUGUAUUGGGGCUUCACAGCACACCCUCGACAUGCAUCAGAAUUCGCGCAUACGUAAUGCCUCGCCCCGUUCACGUUUCACGCUACUCAUUUCGCGUUUGCCUUUCGAGUAAUUCCCAAGUUUUAGUUUUAUGACAAAACAUAGCUUCUGAUAGCUCUAACUGUCCAUCUAUAAUGAUACCAGCACGUUUAACAUCUAUCAUAUAAGGUUUCACAAAGUUCGUAUAUUUAAUCUCAACAGGAACUGCAUUGGAAUGAAUUUUGCAAUGGCUGAGAUGAAAGUAGCCGUCGCGAUGAUUCUUCGAAGGUAAUGUACUUUCCCUACGUCAUCAAUUCAGAGCGCGUGUAGCAAAGUUUAGAGCGCUUUUCUGCCCGAUUUGGUUUCCACACCUACCGUACAAGUUCUGGUUGGUUUGCUAACAUAUCGAUCAGGAGUUUCAACGUGGAUUAUGAUUGGCUGAGAGCUCUCUACGAAGCUAAAAUGAUCGAAUCGCUAAAGGGUCGCUCAAAACAUCUAUCAUAAUUCCUGCUAUUUAUUCCUAUGAAUCACCCCUCUUCCCUUUACUCAUGCACGUAACUUUUUGUGGCAGGUUUCAUCUGUCCAUAAACGAAGAAAACCUGGUUACAUCCAAAGACCUUUUCCCAGAGCUUAUGCUGCGCACAAAGAAUGGAAUUCGUCUGAAUUUAACUCAACGUAUUUACACAUAACAAGGGGAUUCUGCUACUGUGAACAGCACGACGCAGUUAAUUUUGUAGAUGUCUAGCUAAUAUCGCACAGUCAGUUUACUCCAGGCUUUCACUUAAUUAAUGGGGUGCGACACAAGAGAGAGAUUUUGAACGUAAAGGCGAAUCGAUCCAUCUCGUUU